UGUAAUUGUAACCCUUCCCGCCCGCCAAAUCCUACACCAGCACCACAAUUGCACAUUACUAUAAUAAUAGGCACCCCUACUACCACUAUUACUACCGUAUGGAGCGCGGCGCCAGCGGUAGUAGUCACCAUCAUCAACAUGCUGCCGCCGCCUCCACCGCUGCUGCUGGCCACAGUUACAUGACCCACCACGGCGCCGCCAUCCCUGCUGACCUUGAUUACGAGUACAAUACGCCGGGCAAGUCGUCCUUUGACAAUCCCGCCACCAAGAAAAAGCCACCCAAACUGAAAGCCAUCAGUCGUUCGCUAUCGAUGGCCAUCGACAAUUAUGCGCCACCUAUGGGUGGUGGUGGUGGUGGUGGUGGUGGCACUGGCUCACCACCCACAAUGAUGCUGGAUGACACGAUGAUUGUCGAACAACCGCUUAUACAUCGUUCCGCCUCACCGCUGCCGUUACGGUCGGCGCCGCCACAAACGUUAGCGAUACCGACGCAUCAAAUGCAUGGCGAUGGUAGUCGCGUCGUCUCGCCCGCGCUUUCGGCGCGUCAACAACAUCACCAGCAACAGCAACAACACAGCCUACAUACGUUUCAAAAUAUGGUGGCGCAUGCGCGACAUCAACAACAACAACAGCAGCAGCAACACCAACAUCAUUCGAGUUCGACUAGCUCGCCUACGUCGCAUGCGGUUAGUCCGUUGCCGGUGCGCGUACCGUUGGCACAUCAGCCGGACAUCUACUUGGUCAGCAGCAGUAGUCUGGGCGAAGAUGUGGGCGCGCUCGGUGGUGGUAUACGUGGCGGCAGCAGUUCGCCAAUACAAUUCAUCGAUGACUAUAUGCUGCCGCCGUCGUCGUCGUCUCAUCGACAUACGGUCAGCGCUACGCACCCGCUUAAAAAGAAUAUGUUUCGACGCUCUGACACAAUUGACGUACAUCCGGCUUCCACUUUUCAGAUGAAGAAAACCCAUUCGUUUCACGCACAGCAAGAUUCCGCCGCCACAAUGGAUCAGAUGCUGUUAUCCGCAGCAGCGGCAGCGUCGCAAGGCUCAUCGGCGUCCUCGAGUAGACGUACAAGUUCGGUGCGUGGCAAUUUUCUUAUGCCCGGACAUCCCAGCGGUGCAAGUGCCGGCAAAGAGUUAAGUCGUUCACCAUCGCCUAGUCGUCGCGGUUGUCGUUCACAUCGUUCGUUCAACGAUCCCGGACGACGACCCAGCAUCAAACCGGAGUCAGUUGUCGAAUCGCAAAUACGACAUCCAUCGCUCAAUGACGAACUUAUGGAAUCGCUGGAGGGUCGUGCAGCCGCAUCGCUAUUUCCACAACAGAAUCUAUCACUAGAAAACGAGCUCUUUGUCGAAUCACGUUCGCGCAGCAAUAGCAGUACUAAAAUGGAAGAUAUCGGCAUGGAAGUGGCUGCAGCACAACGCGCCGCAGCUGUUUUGCUGGCACGCAAGAGCUCGGGCUCUUUCGAAGAUGGCAGCGGCGCAGCAGUCAUGACACAUGGCGGCACGCAUCCACCCUCAGCGUCGGCGAGCAGCCUCAAGAAGCGCGGCGAACAUCCACACACACGUCAGCAUAGCUCACAAAGCCUAGAAUUGGAUGCACGCCCAUCAACUUCCGCGGCAGCAGCAGCCGCUGCUGCAGUACAUGGUCACUCACCGCAUGCACUGCAACUGCAUAGCGCCGCUGCUGCAGCCACGGCCGCCUAUCACUUUAAACGCGGCGCACAACACGGACGCUCACUCUACCUGUCGCCAAACAACCUCGAAGAGCUGCAAGUACAUCAACGGCCCAGCGUACUUGCCGCAGCCGCCGCCUUUCAGGGCACCAACGCCAGCGCCAGCGUCAAACAGGCGAAAGCAUUGCACAGCGCCAGCAUGCGUUUACGCACCUACCGUGAAACACUGAGCGCGACCAAGAAAUCGAAGAGUUUCAUUGGCGAUAGCGCCUAUCCACCCACCGCUGUGACAGGUAACGAGUUUGAGCUCACCUCACCCCACCGACGCAACAGUCGUCCAUUGUCCAGUGCGGUUGGCGGCACGGUAGAGGACAUCAAGCGUAGUCCACGUCCGUUGGCGUUGACGCCAACCUCCGCUACGGCAGCCACCGCUUUCAUGGAGGAGAAACGUCCCUCAUUCGAACGUAAACCGUCGCUGACGUACGAACUCAGCGAUGCCGCCUUCGAACAAGUGCUACGUCCAUUCCAUCACAAAGUAGCCGGACGCAAGGCGUCGAUGAGUGGCGCUCAAGCGCACAAGGCGCUCAAAAAGAAGUCGCUCAGCGACGAAACGGACGAAGAUGAGGAGGCGCAUCGCAAGCGUAAACGUAUCGUUUGCAUUGUGAUGACAGUGUUUUUCUGCUUGGCAUGCGCCAGCGUACUCGUCGUGGUGUUGACGCUAACACAUUCCUCCAGCCAUACGACACACCAUCCGGGACCGACCAAGAAGAUACACUCAAUGUCACGCGAGACACCAGUACAUUAUAACGUACGCCAAGAGAGUGAACGCCUACUCAAGGAGUCGCUGGAUCGUGCGCGCUCCAACAAAAACGCAACGGAAGCAGCGGCGCAUUUAGCAUUACAACAAAUUCCAUAACAU